GCCAUGGCACACCAUCAGUGAUCAAAUACAUUGAGAUCCUUUUUGCCUUUUUUUUUUUCUUUUUAUCGGUGAAAGUCAAUAAUUAAUUGUUAGAUUAGAAUUGACCAAAGUCUUGCCUCCCAUUCCAUUUGCACUGCAAUAUUGCAUGAAUCAUGAUCUGCAAAUCACAUGCCAUCUACUGUUUACAUCUUCUUUGCAGUCUUUUGUUGUCAUUAUGUUCAUGUCUUCACUAUUGUGCUGCCAGAGAUACUAUAACAGCACGCAAUCCGAUCAACAACACAAGUAACGAAACUCUCAUAUCAGACGGAAAAAGAUUCGAGCUAAGGUUCUUGAACAUUAGUGGACAGAGCAGCAGCAGAUAUGUAGGAAUACAGUAUUACACGUGGCUACCCCCAGAAAUUGUAUGGGUUUUCAACCGGGACAACCCACUACCUGAUUCCGCUACUGGUUUUUUUGGCAUUAAAAAUGGCAGUCUAGCUUUGUGGGAUGAACGUGGAAAUAUUUACCUUUCCACCAAUCUCGGAAGCUCUCGUAGCACCGCCAAGCUUUUAGAUUCUGGGAAUUUGGUGGUGAGAGACGAUCAAUCGGGAAAAAGUUUAUGGGAAAGCUUCAAUAAUCCAACUGAUACGUUUCUUCCUGGCAUGAACAUGAAUGCGAACCUAAAGUUGACUUCAUGGGCAGGGCCCGACGACCCAAAAAGCGGCAACUUUAUAUUCCAGCAGAAUGAAGAUGUUAAGAACGGUUACAUCGUUUUCAAAAGCGAUAAGGCUCACUGGAAAAGUAGAGAGCCAAAUAGCUUCAAUAACUACAGCAACUUGUAUGAUGCUGUGGCGGUAUUUCUAAAUUCUAGCAGCAAUAUCCAAAGCAACGCUGGAACAAAUUCAAAUUCUUCUAAGACAAUAAUUGUACCUGUCCGUAACAAUAGCAACAAUUCGAGGCUGUUAAUGCAUUCCAUUGGGCAGGUUCAGUAUUUUAUUUGGAUCGAUGGUAAGACGGGAUCAUCGGGAUGGUCUUUGAUAUGGUUUGAGCCGCGUGACGGAUGCAGUGUUUAUAAUGCUUGUGGGGAUUUUGGUAGCUGCAAUAUAAACAACAAUAGGUCGUUAUGCAAGUGUUUGCCAGGGUUUAAGCCUAUGUCGCAGGAAAGUUGGGACUCUGGGGAUUUUUCUAGUGGGUGCACCAGGAAGUCAGCCAUAUGUGGUGGGGACAAGGAGAUGUUCUUGAACUUGAACAUGAUGAAAGUAGGGAAACCACCAGACACCCUACUUUCGGAGGUCCAAAAUGAGAUGGGAUGCAGAAAGGAGUGUCUUGACAUUGACAAUUGCCAAUGUCACGCAUAUUCAUUUAAUGAAGCUAGUAACCCAAGGAGAGAUGGUCCCAGACAUGGCUGCUGGAUUUGGAAGUCCGUUCUCAAUAACCUUCAGGAAGAGUAUGCUACAGAUGCCCACAACAUCUCCGUCCGCGUUGUGGCUUCCAGUAUAGGAUCAACAAACAGAAGUUGUGAGACAUGUGGCACGAACAUAAUUCCCUAUCCAAUAAGCACAGGACCAAACUGUGGUGAUCCCAUGUACAAAAAUUUCAUCUGCGAUUACUCAACAGGCCAAGUCAGCUUCCAGAUUCUAAGAGGCACGUUUCAAGUCAUCAACAUCAAUCCAGAAACACGCAAGUUUGUUAUUAAAGUGAAAAAAGAGGGAUGUGAUGCUAAAAAUUCAGAACCCAAAGAUUUACAGCUCAGUCCAUUAUCACCUUUUAAUAUGCUUAACUCGUGCUAUAGUGGAAUGCAAUCAGGAAAUGGCAAUGAUGUAGAAUUUGACUGGAAUUCCCCAUCUGAGCCACUUUGUACUUUAGCCAUAGACUGCAUGGAUUGGCCUAAUUCAAGUUGCAAUGCGACAAGAGAUGUCAAGGGAAGGUGUCACUGCAAUGCAAACUAUCAAUGGAACGGGACAGCAUUAGCUUGUACACAAGUGAGAUCUAGAGGAUCUACGCAAUCCGGAAGCUCUAAUUGGAAAACCAGAGUUAUUUUGUUUGUUGUGUUAUCCAUGUUUGUGCUAUUAUGCAUCAUUAGCUUGAUUUUUUGUAGAAGAAGAAUGGCAGCAAGAAGACGAGGAAGUAGUGAAAGAAGAGAGGGAAGUCAAGCGCUUCAGAUGUAUGACAUGGAAAGAAAUGUUAAAAACUUGAUAGAUUCGAGUGAAUUCAAAGAGGAUGAUAAAAAAGGCAUUGAUGUGCCUUUUUUUGACUUAGAAAGCAUAUUAGAAGCUACAAAUUACUUCUCAGAUGAAAAUAAGCUUGGAGAAGGGGGAUUUGGGCCUGUUUACAAGGGUAUAUUCCCUGGAGGACAAGAAAUUGCUAUAAAGAGGUUGUCAAGUCAUUCAGGACAGGGCUUAGAAGAAUUUAAGAAUGAGGUUGUUUUGAUUGCCAAACUUCAACACAGGAAUCUCGUCAGACUUUUAGGCUACUGCAUCAAAGGCGACGAAAAGAUUUUACUUUAUGAGUAUAUGGCAAACAAAAGCUUAGACACAUUCAUAUUUGAUCGAACAUUGUGCUUGUCUUUGGAUUGGGAGAAACGCUUUGAUAUCAUUUUGGGGAUUGCUCGUGGGCUUCUUUAUCUUCACCAAGACUCCAGGUUGAGGAUUAUCCAUAGAGAUUUGAAAACAAGCAACAUUCUUUUAGAUGAAGAGAUGAAUCCCAAAAUUUCAGACUUUGGUUUAGCAAGGAUAGUUAAGGGCAAAGAAACAGAGGCGAACACCAUGAGAAUUGUUGGAACAUAUGGCUAUAUGUCUCCCGAAUAUGCAUUAGAUGGAUUGUUCUCAGUAAAGUCCGACAUCUUCAGCUUCGGAGUAAUUAUGCUUGAAAUUGUCAGUGGGAAAAAGAACACAGGAUUUUAUCCGUCCAAAGAAGCCUUGAACCUUUUAGGUUAUGCUUGGAGAUUGUGGAAUGAGGAGAAGGCAUUGGAUUUGACGGAUCAGACACUAGUCGAAUCUUGCAAUAAAGGUGAAGUUUUAAAAUGCAUAAAUGUUGGGUUCUUGUGUGUACAAGAAGAUCCUAGUGAUCGUCCAAACGCAUCGAAUGUACUUUCCAUGCUAACUAGUGAAACUGCAAUUCCUCUUCCAAAUCCUAAAGAACCAGCUUUUGUUGCAAAGAAGUGGAUUUCUUCUGAACCUUCUUCUUCCUUUGACAAACUCGAAACAUCCUAUUCUAAUAAUGAGUUGACAGUUUCUAUAGAACCUGGCCGAUAAAUAAGAUAGUAUUUUCAUGAAUCUUUACUUCUACAUUUUUUAUUGUAAUUUAGGUGCGAUAAGCUUGUGUAAUGUUAAUUUUAGAGUAAAUUAUUAAUAUGUCCUAUUUUUGAGACAUAUCACUCAUUAAGUUUAU